UUAAACUACACAAACAGAAGUGAUCCCGAGUCGAUUCCAUGGGUGCCGUGGAGAGCACCGAUAGGGAAAGGGAUCCGCUACUCAGGCCGAUUCAAGCCGAAGCGAGGAUCCAGCCGGUGAUCGGCAGCGGCAGGGUGUACGGCCGGAGAUGGCUGGUCUUAACAUUAUUCUCAAUGCUCUCUUUUUUACAAGGAAUGGUGUGGAACACAUGGGGGCCCAUCCAAAACUCUGCCAGACAUGCUUUCGGGUUCUCAUCCACUGACAUUGCUAUUUUAGUCAUUUGGGGACCCGUGGGCUUCUUCCCAUGGCUCCUGUUUGUGUGGCUAAUGGACAAGAAAGGUUUGCGGGCCUCUCUGCUGCUCACAGUCUUCUUCAUGGUGUUGGGCUCUGCUCUGCGCAGUGUCCCUCUCUCAAAUCUGCAGAUCAAACGCUGGUUAAUUCAUGGUGGGCAGCUUCUUAAUGGUUUAGCCGGUCCAACCCUUAUGAGUGCCGGCCCAUUACUCUCUACAACAUGGUUUGCUCCAGAUCAAAGGGCUACAGCCACAGCUGUGGCAUCAUUGGUCGGCUACCUUGGAGCAGCCUUCUCUUUCCUGAUUGGUCCUCUGGCUGUACCAGCACCUAAUGAUACACAAAUAGUGAACAGCAUCACCCACUGGGACACAGUGCAUAUCAGAAACAGGAUACAGUAUGUUCUCUAUACAGAAUUGGGGAUGAUUGCGAUCCUCUUUGCAGUCGUGCUGCUCUAUUUUCCAUCCAGGCCGCCCGUUCCACCCAGCAUAGCAGCAGCUAGCCAGCGACUCAGCUAUAGAAGCAGCAUCUGCAGAUUGCUGAGUAACAUGAGGUUCCUGAUGAUUGCACUUGCCUAUUCGGUGCCUACAGGAGUUGUAGCUGGAUGGUCUGGUGUGUUGGAUAUGAUUCUGACUCCUGUAAGAGUUAGCCAGGUAGAUGCAGGAUGGAUAGGCUUUUGGUCUAUUGUUGGAGGCUGUGUGUUUGGAGUAGCCAUGGCAAGGUUUGCUGACUCAAUCCGAGGAAUGCUGAAGCUGAUUGCGGUGCUGAUGCUGGCUGGAGCAUCACUGGCAGCCACUUGGUUCACACUCACCUGCCUGACCAGACUCACUCACCUGCCCUCCAAUAAAGCCACACUUUAUGCCUCCUGUAUCCUGAUUGGCAUCUUCAUCAACAGCAGCAUUCCCAUCUUCUUCGAACUUUUCAUUGAGACGGUUUACCCUGUACCAGAGGGCAUCACCUGCGGCGUGGUCACCUUCCUCAGCAAUCUCUUCACUGGACUGCUCCUUUUCUUUCUCACCUUCUACUUCACAGAUCUUUCCUGGUUGAACUGGUGUCUUACAGGUUCCUGCCUCUUCAGCCUGCUCCUCAUUCUUUUCUUCAGGGAAUCAUAUGACCGUCUCUAUCUGGACGUUUUUGUAUCUGUCUGAAAGGGUUUGUAGCAUCAGGAAAAGGACUGAGCUCUGCUGGCACCUACUUGCACGCACAGGACUGGAAGUGUCAUUUUAAAGAGAAAGUCAAAUGUUUCGUAGUUCCCAGUGCUUUGUGAUGGCAUUGUGAGCAAGAAAUGAAGCCAGCACCAUACAUAUGAUUAUUAUUUUUUUUUUUAAAGGUGUACUUAAUAUUUUGUGCAUUUUAAAUGUUCCUUUUACUUGAACUGAUGUGUUGAUGUACGUUCAUCAGUGGUGUCGAUACUAAUGAAGGAGUUUACGGAUAUCUCUUGGAAGGCCUGCAGUUUACUUGGAGUUUUCAGGAUAAAUGUGGGCUCGCGCAAUCAUCUGUUCCCAAAAGGCUUAUUAGUAGUUUAUUAUUCAUAACCAUGAUGUAAACUGUGAAGGAAGAAAUACUGUACACACUCUGUGACAGUGCCAAUCACUCAUGAAGUAGCCUACAUGUUAUUCUCUGUCUUUAUUUACCUUAUUGUUAUGCAAAUAAUGAUUUCUGGGUCUUGUUCAAAUCCUUCAGGGUGGAAACUGUAUACCUGUUUCAAAGCAUGUGAUUAGAUAGGGAUCCUUGUGUGUAGUUUGUGUAAAGUUAAUUUUUUUUUUUAGGUCUUUCUUUGGAACAUGUGGCUUCUGUCCCGGAACAGACUCACGCAUGUGUAAGAAGUGCCAUCAUGUUCAUGUGCAUACACUUUUUGUUUGACAGCUGCUCCAAAAACAAUGUACAAUAUAGUCAAUAUAGACAUUUAGGGUUGUUUAUUUUAGUUAAAUGAAGUGUGUCAUACUGUAAAUCCAAGCAUGUGACAAAUGAUUUAAUAUAAUUUAUGAUUUAAUGUAAUUUUUGCAGCAGGUUUUAAUUUAUGAGUCACCCAAACGGUUUAUAUGACAUGUUUAAGGGAUUAUAUGUUUGUUUUAAGUACUUGACAUUAGUCAUUGCCAUAAAUGUAAAGAAGGGACACUAUAUUUUUUAAAAAAGGACCUGUGGAAAACAUUGACUAAUGCAGUGUGAAGACUUAUGAUCAUUUUUGCAUAAUGCUGACUCUUAACUUUCCUCUAUCAUUAAUCAGCAGUUAUGGAUCAUCUCUUAGUGUAGUAUUUCAUCUUCACCAUGUAUUAGACUCUGUGUUGUUGACCGUGUAGCUGCAGGUCCACUCACUGCCUCACCCUAUAUUUCUUUUUUUAACUCCAUUUCCCACUGAGCUCUUGUUUUGAAAACAAACUUCAGGGGAUUUUUUUAAAGCUUUCUGUAGAGUGUAAUUUGGUUCAUUAAAUCCCAGGGCUUCAGAUUAAAGAAAGUCUCCAAAGAAACUGUCUUUCAGAGGGGAUACAACAACUAACUUUAGAAAAUCAUCAGAGAGACACAGCUGAUGGAUCUGUGGAUUUUUUUCGGGGGCUUAAACAAGGCCUUAAACACUGUUUGUCUGUAACAGCCAUUGAAGGAAAUUGUAGGUGACAACUCGGCAAGCAUGAGGUGAAAUAACUUUUGUCUUUCGUCCUCUGAGCGUGUUGAGGAUUUUUUUUUUCUACACACCCCCAUGCCUACUCACAGAGUGGUGCCAUGGAGGAUUAUGGGAAGGUACAGCUCUGUAGCUCUUUUUCCUGAAUGUGAUUUUCUCUCUUUUUAUGUACUAAAGGGUUGUGUCUUAAUCCACUGUUCAAGUGUUGCCUUAAUUAACAACGACCUGUGCAAUUGAUCCCCCUUUCUCUUUCCUCAACGGUAUAUCCGACACAACUUGUGUACUUUUUCUCAUUUUAAAGCUAAUAAGAAGAAUUUUUAGCGAUUAAGAUGUUCUUGUCAUUGUGACAGAUUCUGUGUAUGUAUGUGAUUUUCAGCACCUUAUUAAUAAAUCAUUAUGAAGGAAGCCUCA